AUGUCGGUAGCAACUAAUAAUUUAUCACUAAAUGGGACAAACUUUGUUCCUGAAAAUCAUGGCAUUCUGGAUAAAUCCAAUGGACAAACAACUUUAAAUAUUUUUCUUUUUUGCUUGACUUUUAUAAUUACAUUCACUGUUCUUAUAGGCAGUGUUUAUUCACUAGUUACCCUGCUGAAAAUGCAAAACAAAACCACUGUUUCAGUGAUUGUGACUUCCCUGUCUGUGGAUGAUUUGAUAAGUGUUGUGCCAGUGACUCUCUUUAUGCUCAUGCAGUGGUCCAGCGAGGCACUCCCUACAUCUCUGUGCACCACCUCAGCUCUGCUGUAUUUAUUUCAGGGCAUUUCUAGCAAUCUGAAAGGCUCUCUUAUAGUUUCGUACAACUUCUACACAAUCAACAAAGCAGUGAGGAUAAGUCCAGGAACCUCCAAACGGCCAGUGAGCGUGAUAUGGGCGAUUCUCAUGAUUUGGAUCGUCAGUUUGCUGAUAUGUAUUUUGCCUCUCUGUGGUUGGGGCACCUAUGCACCCACCUCAUGGGGUUGCUUCACUGACUGCACCAGUUCCUAUGUCAUGUUUUUAUUUAUUGUCUAUGCUCUGUGCUUCUGCCUCCUUACUGUGCUUUCUGUCCCUCUAACUUACCAGCUGUUGUGUUCAGAUGAACAACAGCAUCUUUAUGUUGAUUACCAGGAAAUAUCCCGAGGCUAUCUAACCCCUGGUACACCCCCCAUCUGUAGUACCACUCCAUCCCUUUCUCCAGAGGACCCUGUGGAUAAAACCUUAAAGCAUUUCCGAGAUGCCUGUCCAAGCUCAGAGACAGCAUUGAGAAAAAGCGCAGCUGAGAGCAGUGGACUUGAGCCCCAUUGCACAAACAGUACAUGGAGCAGGAGCUUCACUGUGGGGUUUGCUCAGAAACGCUUUUCACUCAUCCUUGCUUUGACAAAAGUCAUUCUUUGGCUUCCGAUGAUGAUACAAAUCGUUGUCCAGCACAUAGUUGAUUUUCAAAGCCUUUCCUUUGAAACAUUCAGUUUUCUACUGACUUUGCUAGCUGCCACGGUCACCCCAGUGUUUGUUUUAUCAGAACGCUGGAUCCACCUGCCCUGUGGUUGCAUCAUUAACUGCAAGAGGAAUGUAUAUGCUGUCUCUUCAGAAGAAAGCAAAACAAAAAGGAGAGGUUUUGAAUUCAAUCUGUCAUUCCACCAAGGUUAUGGAAUCUACAAGAUAUCCAAUGAAAACCACCAGCACCAUGAUGAUGAUGAUAAAUCUAUAUCAUAUCACAACUUGAUGAACUAUGACAGUGAAAAUACAAAAGAAUCUCAAAAAGAGAGCAGCAAAAUUCUUAAUUCUACCAAUACUGAGUUCAGCACCAUACCCUUGGAGGACAGCUCCUUGCUUAAAGAUACCAAUAAAUGCAAAAAACUGGACACUACAGAGAUCAAACAAGAUCUUGGGAAAGACAAGAAUAUGGACCAUCUCCUUUCUGAAAAACUAGGAACAUUUAAAAGAGAAGAAGUCAGAAAUUUUGAGAAAUCCAUGUUUUUGGAAGGACAAGAGAGAAGGCUGUCUCAUGAGGAAAGUCGUAAACCAGAACUCUCAGAUUGGGAAUGGUGCAGAAGCAAGUCUGAAAGGACUCCACGCCAGCGUUCAGGUGGGGCCUUAGCUAUUCCUUUAUGUGCAUUUCAAGGAACUGUAUCUCUUCAGGCCCCCACAGGAAAAACUCUCUCUUUAUCUACAUACGAGGUAAGCACUGAAGGGCAAAAAAUAACACCCACAUCAAAGAAAAUUGAAGUGUAUCGAUCAAAGAGCGUUGGUCAUGAGCCAAACCCUGAGGAUUCUCCUACUACAUUUGCUGACACAAGUGUCAAAAUUCAUUUAGAGGUUCUUGAAAUUUGUGACAAUGAAGAAGCCAUGGAUACUGUGUCUAUCAUCAGUAACAUCAGCCAGUCCUCUGCUCAAGUUAGGUCUCCAUCCUUGCGCUAUUCACGGAAAGAAAAUAGGUUUGUUUCUUGUGAUUUAGGGGAAACAGCCUCCUACUCACUCUUUAUACCUUCAAACAAUCCUGACAGUGAUAUUAACAUAUCAAUUCCAGACACUGUUGAGGCUCACAGGCAAAACAGUAAAAAGCAGCAUAUGGAGAGAGAUGGUUAUCAGGAAGAAAUACAAAUGUUAAAUAAAGCAUAUAGAAAAAGGGAAGAAGAUGGCAACAACAACUAGGAGGCAUUAAUCUGGCAA